AAAAUUUAUUCACUGUUCUAUGCCUAUGCUCUGACAAAUCCGUAUUGAAAGGGCUCAAACCCUUCGAACCCCAUGGCAAAACCCUCGAAAUCGAAGAACCCCUUGGAGGACGAUGAUGAUGCCAAAUACAAGGCCUCAAAUUCGUCGGAGCAAAAUGACGAGGUGCUCGACCCCGAUGCAGAUUCGGACCUCGAAGCCGGAGAAAAGUCGCCGUCGACGGACAACGACGAGAUUCUCUCUCUGGUCUUAUGGUGGGUUAUGAACAGGGAAGGACGGGCAAGAAAGUAACAAGCAAAAGAAGAAAAGUAGAUACUUCUUGUACAUCAUCAGACCACUCACGGGCAGUAGAAGUAGUUGUCAGCAAUGAAGAUCUCCUAACAGAGAUCCUUUUCCUUGUGCCGGCGAAGCCACUCCUCAAAUUCAAGUCUGUAUCUAAGCAUUGGCACUCUCUCAUCUCCCAACCGCAGUUUGGCUCCAACCACACCUGUCGAAAUCCCACUUCCCUCUUGAUCUCAGGCCUCUACUUCUAUCGUUGGAUUAACAAAGAACGCAAGUCUGUCUCGCUCCAUGGCCACCAAGGUCUUCCCACUCUUGCCUUCCUUGAUCCCGUUCGGAAAGGAACGAAGUCUAAGGUUGUGGACUCUUGCAAUGGUUUACUAUUGUUCUCUAAUGGUGACAAACUUGAUUAUUUUGUUUGUAAUCCAACCACCCAGAGAUAUAUUGCACUUCCCCAACAUGGUGGCAGCACGUCAUCUGGAUUUUGGGAACAAUUCGGUGCUUGCUUGGCUUUUGAUCCUUCAAAAUCGCCUUACUACAAAGUUGUAUUAAUAAGUUACCAUUUUUCUUUUGAAGAAAGAUCUAGCUUUUAUCUAAUUUAUAUAUACUCUUCAAAGACUGCAUCUUGGAAAGAAAUGCGUGCAAUAGCACCCCUUGGCGGUGGCUCCUAUCAGCGCAGGGUCUUUUGGAACGGAGCAAUUCAUUGGAUGAAUUCCACCUAUAUUCACAUCCGGUUCGACAUUGAUGCAGAGAAUCUUACCGGAACCCCAAUGCCUAAAGUUCCUAACAUCCUUAAGGAAGAUAAGAUUCAGUAUUUUGGAGAAUGUGGUGGCAGUUUGCUACUUAUUCAGUCCCGUGAGGACUCUGCUAUGGGAUUCAGAAUCCUUGAGAUGAAAAAGGACUGCUAUCGUUGGAUUGUAAAGUGCAAGGUGAAUCUGAGACCCAUAUGUAAUGCAUUCCCUGAAGGAUAUACCACCUUGUAUAUAGGGUGCUGACUUGUGUAAAUGGAGCAAAUGAAAAAGAUUUCACGCUCUUGUUCAUGUUUCCAGGAAAAGUUAUUGCGUAUAAUCCGAAUUGCAAGACGAUGAUGGUGCUUCUUGAUUUGCAGGGUGACCCUCAUCCGCCUCCUGGGUAUUGGUAUCGUAAUGCUUAUCAAUUCAUUGAAAGCUUAUUCCCUCUUUGAGCAUUGACUACGUGUUGGAGCACCUGUGCCUUCAUUGUGCCCAAUCUUUAAUACUAGUGUUUUUUUCGCUUUUGAUGGUAAUACAUUCAUUUUUAUUGCUCAAAUGGUAGUUGGUGUUUGUUGUACAUUUUCGGUUAAUAUUGCCGUAAUCUUUUGGGUGAGGAAGCUCUCAUCAUUUUGCA